GAAGCAGGAGCCAUAGAAGGAAGACCUUGUGGUUUGCAAUCAUGCCAUUCCCCUUUGGCAAGUCCCACAAGUCUCCUGCAGACAUAGUGAAAAACCUGAAGGAGAGCAUGGCAGUUCUAGAAAAACAAGACAUCUCUGACAAAAAGGCAGAAAAGGCGACAGAGGAGGUCUCAAAAAACCUUGUUGCCAUGAAAGAAAUCUUAUAUGGCACAAAUGAAAAAGAACCCCAGACAGAAGCUGUGGCACAGCUUGCUCAGGAGCUAUACAACAGUGGUCUUCUUAGUACCCUAGUAGCUGACUUGCAGCUCAUUGAUUUUGAGGGCAAGAAAGAUGUUGCGCAAAUUUUCAACAACAUUCUCAGAAGACAAAUUGGUACAAGAACUCCCACAGUUGAAUACAUCUGCACUCAACAGAAUAUCUUAUUCAUGCUAUUAAAAGGGUACGAAUCACCAGAAAUUGCUCUAAACUGUGGGAUAAUGCUUAGAGAAUGCAUCCGGCAUGAGCCACUAGCUAAAAUCAUCUUGUGGUCAGAACAAUUCUACGACUUCUUCAGAUACGUGGAAAUGUCAACGUUUGACAUCGCCUCCGAUGCUUUUGCCACGUUCAAGGAUUUGCUUACAAGACACAAGUUGUUAAGUGCAGAAUUUUUGGAACAACAUUACGAUAGGUUCUUCAGUGAAUAUGAGAAGUUGCUUCAUUCAGAAAAUUAUGUGACAAAGAGACAGUCACUUAAGCUUCUUGGUGAAUUGUUACUGGACAGACACAACUUCACAAUUAUGACGAAGUACAUCAGUAAACCUGAAAAUCUCAAACUAAUGAUGAACCUUCUUCGAGACAAGAGUCGUAACAUUCAGUUUGAGGCCUUCCAUGUGUUCAAGGUGUUUGUAGCCAAUCCUAACAAGACACAGCCUAUAUUAGACAUCCUUCUAAAGAACCAGACCAAACUUAUUGAAUUCCUCAGCAAGUUUCAGAAUGACAGGACCGAGGAUGAACAAUUUAAUGAUGAGAAGACCUAUUUAGUUAAACAGAUCAGGGAUUUGAAGAGACCAGCACAGCAAGAAGCUUAAACUCCAAUAAACCUUUAAAAUAUUAAACCCAAAUUCAGCAUUUGCUGUUAGAUAUUCAGCAUCAGGCACUCUUAUCGAUUCAUGAGGAACAUUACUGCUAAUCUGCUGUUCAGUGAACGGUUUUUGUUUUUCUCUUUUCAUUUUUAGUCCAAGUUGAGAAACAUAGCUGCUGCUUUCUUGCACAAUGUGGACUUUCUUGAUAUUUGUGUCAUUUCAGAAUUCAAAGACACUGCUUGUUUUAGGAGUCCUGAAAAGAAAGAUUCUAGGUCCGUGAAAGCAAACAUAUAGAUUCUAGUCUGGUCUAGGAGAGAAGGUAUUCAUGUAGUUAAGUAACAGGUUGCAUGCUUGCAAAUCUGAAUAAAUCUGUAUGUUUGCACUUACCUUGUUUGAGAUAAUGAGCACAACGUGACCUGUGCAUACCUGGCACCAUAGUAUAAGAUUAUAUGCCUUGAUUUUAAAAAAAAAAAUGUGCAGUGCUUUAUUUGUAAUCAAAGGGGAAAUGUAUCUAAGAUGUGAGCUUAUUGGGAUAAACAGUUGUCUUGCAAAUAAACUGAUAUUGAAACUUAGCAACUUUUAAAAGAGUGAAAUCUCAAGGUUCAUAAGGAAAAUGUAUAUAUGCCUUUCACUGCUUUAUAGAAUUUUUUUUGACAUGAUUUGAUUUUUCUGAGACUUGACUUGUAAACUUGGAAAUAUGUUCUAAGGGUUUUUGUUAAUUUUACUUUAAAGGUAUUUCAGACAGUAGACCUGGCAAUGACAUUUUGCAUUUCAUUUCAACAAUGCUUGCUGGUUUCUUUUGUAUAUAACUCCUAGGCUGCUCAUUUCUUUAAAAUAUGAUUUAAUUUGUACAGCAGAGGAAUGUUAUUGUAUUAGUCUGUAACUAUUACCUAAUAUUGAAUUUUGCAAAAUGAAUGCUCAUAUGUAAUUGAAUAAUUCAGAUCACAUGGAAAUGCUGAUUUAACAGUCUUAAGUACGCAGCAUUUAAAAGGAAACAAAAACCCAAACCCAAACAAAUUCUUUGUAUUCACUUAUCCAAUGGGGUGCCAUCAAUUAGGGUAGGCUGAAACAGAGAACUGGAACCCUUUCUGCUAUGUUCUUACCAGAUGAUACUGGCCUUAUUUAAUUAAGCUAGCAUUGUGCUCACCGGCUCUGCAAAUGGCAAGGAUUAUGCUAAAUUAAUAUCGAUUCCUCUGACUUCUGGGGAGCCUGCAGUGCGUCACUUCUUACAGUAAAUAACUCAGUACAGUAGCUGUGUAAGUGAAUGAUUUAAUUCCCUCCAACCUCAAGAAACAAUUUCGUAGGUGUCCUAGGAUAACGAAAUGAUCUCAUUUUUUUUGUUGAUUUUCUUCUUUAAUGCUGCAAACUAUCAGUAUUUAUAAAAACAGAAAAACCCAACUGAUUUUGCACCAUGUUUUUGUUACUGUGACCAUACAAAAGGAAUCUACUAAAUAUAGCUGAAUGAUGUUAUUAAAAUUGUAUCUAUCCAUCAUAUAGUAACGCUAAGAUCGCAACCAAGCCAAAACUCGUGGACUGGGGUCUGAGAGUUCCAAUUGUGCAUGACUGAAUGAUUGGGAGUGCUACAGAAAAUGUUCGUUGUUUCCCGUCCUCUUCCCACUUGGAAUAUUUCACAAUCAGUGAUGUUUGAGCUGAUUUGAAAGCCUUCACAGGGGAAAUCUGAGAGCUCAAGACAAUUGAGUGUUUUCACUCAGUUGUUUAAAACUGCUCUUAGCAUUAAAAUUGGUCUUUUAAAGGUUCUCGAUGCGUCGUUUGCAAACAGAAUCAUUUUGAUUACAGGAGAGAAAAUAGCUGACUCUUCCUGGAGAUGGCAGGCAGAGCUGGCACUGAGGUGGUGUUGUAGUUGAGUACUAACAGUCUGUUAUAUUUUGGUUUAUCAUAGCUGAGUGGAAGAAAACAUUAUUUGCAAAGUUACUCACCAUCACAUGUAAGGCUUCCUCUUUAGAAAGAUGUAGAUGUGCUAAAGAUUUCUAUGUGUAAAGAAGUGAAAGCAUUUGGACUGGGGUAGAGGUUACUCUAUAUUAGGCCUUGGAAUCCAUGGCUAUGGUGACUUUUUUAAUAUGUGGAAACAUUUGAAUGUUGGCUUUCGGAAAGAAGUUGUAUUUAAAUUAAAGCUCCUUCGAUGUGCUGUUCAUAUUAAAAAACUUGUUCUGGAAGUGGUUUCUUAUCUGCUUGAAGGCUUAAGGGUAUUACUAAAACACAUUUAAAUGCAAGCAGUAUUUUGUUUGACUUUUUUUUUUUUUUUUUUUUUUUUUUAAUAAGAGGUGUAUACAAUUGUAAUUCUGUUUCCAUGGUAGUAUUUCAUUUCUCUUGAGGAAAAUGCGUUUGGUAUCCAAAAAAAAAAAUCUGGCUGGCCCCAUAAUUUAAAUUAAAAUAAAAUUUUGAAGAAAAUUGUGUGUUCCUUACUGUGUUACUGAAGAGGAUCAAUUUCUGAUGUGUGUCAGGUCUCCCUUAUUGCCUUAGAGUGGCUCAGCUUUCUCCCUUUUAAAUAUGAAAUCAUUUUAAGUCGUGAAGAACUCUGGCUUGCACAGACAUUUUUAAAGAAUUAAGACAAAGUGCUGUAUUAAAAAUGCAAUCAAUUUUAAUUAAUUAUUGGUAGUCUCCCUUGCCUUGUAUUUUUAUUGGCAUGAGCAAGGGCAAAGAGGAGAUGCUGUUUCCUGCAUUGUGGCUGGAGAUGGGACCUGAUAGGGUUGGUUGAUAACUUUUUGUCCCUUCACUUCUCUCUGAUUUUCAGGAGCUGAGUGUGUUAUUGGUCACCAGUGUCUCCUCGCUGCCUCUGAAGCUGCUGUCACAGGGCUGAUCAGCAGGACCUGCCUUCUGAGCUGCCACCUCCAGGAAACCCUGCAGGAGCUGUCCUUGGAGCCGUGGGAUCAGCUUGUGGACAAAACUGCUUUCACAAAUUCCUUGUGCUGAGGCUGUCAUGGAGGAUCCCAUUAAGACUUGUUUCUUCCUCUUGUGGAAGCCUUUGGGAUUGUGCCUCACAUCCCACCAAGGAGAAACUCAGUGUCAUAAAAAUGUGAGUGUUGCUUAACAAGGUUCUACAAUUAAAAGAUGAACUGAAUUUCAUAUGCUUAGUGUUAUUCAGAGACUUGAGGGAAAGAUUUGCAUUUAUUUGAGCGUAAAACAAGAAUAAAAGCUGUAUAGAUUUCUCAGAUCUGUUUUAAGAAUGUUGUAUAUUGUAGCAUUAAUAAAUAAGCCUUUGUAACUAUAAUUCAGGGCAUCUAAAUAAGGGAUGCAGUGUUGAACAGUGUUAAAACAACCGAGGUGUGAGCCAGCCAAGCUUGUGGCCUCAGGUCUUUAACAGCAUCUGCAGAUUGUAUGGAAUUAAAAGAAGUGUCAGUUUGAGAAAUGAGAUUGUAAUUCAGGUUUCUGGGCAUCUAGACAGAUUGAGAAAUCCAGUCUGGAGAGACUAAAAGGUGCAAAGGUUCACCUGGCUAUGAAACUUCAGAUUGCAGCUGCUGAGUUUCCUCACCUUCCAUCUCUGGAAUUAACAGGGUCAUGCCAGCUCAUAUCCAAAUUACGUGAAAACAUUUAAGGAUUUACAAUAACAAUCCUUUUGUAAAACAUACUUUUCCCUAGAAAUUGUGUGUCCUGGGGUGACUUUAUGAUGUAGGAGAUUAAAGAGGACCUUCUCCAAAUCCUGGAAGUACAGAUCAGAAGCUCUGGUACCAAGUGCAGAAGUUCCUCAGAUAGGGAGGGAAAGUACACCCCACAAGCUGAGCUGCUGUACUUUCCUCCUGCAUGACUGUGAAGAAGGCAUGAGGAGAUGGGAUGGGAAAUCUACUGCGGCUCUGGGACACGGAUGUGUGAAUUGGAAGACAGCAAGACUCAGAGGGGAAGUUACACCAGAAAGAAAACGGCUCCAGUAGCCAAACUGCCAGGUAUGAUGAUGAUGGCACCACGUCUGAUCCCCUUGAAGAAACCUCCAAGACAGAUUGCACAGGGAAAGAAGGAUGACCAGGCUUAGAGGGGCUUGCCUCUAGCCAGGUAGAAGCUAGGGAAAAUCGUGUCUUUUGGACUGUGUGGAUUCGUUGGAUUUGUUGUUCUGGCACAUCAGAACCAUGAAAAUAUGAGGCCUUGGUUGACACUGGUGCACAGUGCACGCUAAUCCCAUCAGGACAUGUAGGGGCAGAAUCUGUUUCUAUUGCUGGUGUGACAGGGGGAUCACAGGAUUUUACUUUAGUGGAAGCUGAUGUGAGCCUGACUGGAAAUGAGUGGAAGAAACACCCCAUUGUGACUGGCCCAGAGGCCCCGUGUAUUCUGGGCAUGGACUUCCUCCGAAGCGGGUAUUACAAAGACCCAAAGGGACUCAGGUGAGCUUUUGGAAUAGCUGCUGUGGAGGCAGAGGACAUUAAGCAAUUAAAAAGCUUGCCUGGACUGUCAGAGAACCCAUCUGCAGUAGGACUCCUGGAAGUGGAAGAACAGCGAGUACCAAUUGCCACCUCGACAGUGCACCGCCGGCAGUAUAGGACAAAUCGAGAUGCUGUGAUCCCCAUCCACAAGAUGAUCCGAGAGCUGGAGAGCCAAGGGGUGCUCAGCAAAACCCACUCCCCCUUCAACAGCCCCAUCUGGCCUGUGCACAAGUCUGACAGAGAAUGGAGACUGACUGUGGACUAUCGUGCAUUGAAUGAAGUGACUCCACCGCUGAGCGCUGCCGUGCCAGACAUGCUGGAGCUCCAGUAUGAGCUGGAGUCCAAGGCAGCAAAGUGGUAUGCCACUAUUAACAUUGCUAAUGCAUUUUUCUCCAUUCCCCUGGCAGCAGAAUGCAGGCCUCAGUUUGCCUUCACGUGGAGGGGAGUGCAGUACACCUGGAACCGACUGCCCCAGGGGUGGAAGCACAGCCCCACCAUCUGCCAUGGACUGAUCCAGGCUGCCCUGGAAAAGGGUGAGGCUCCAGAACAUCUGCAGUACAUUGAUGACAUCAUUGUGUG